CAAUUUUCUGCAAUAAAGUGCAUAGAUAGUUGAACUAGACAGUCAGUGUACCGUUAAAAUCCUCGCGAUGAAUACCUUGACAGUGUUUCUGCUGCUAUGCGCAGUAGUUGUAACAAAAGUGCAAGCUAAUAUCCCCAAAUCGAAGUUCAAUCCUGAACUAAAAAAUGUAUGGGAUAAGUGCACGAAAGAAGCUAAGCUUACUGAGGCUGAGUUAGAUAUAGUUCUGGAAAAUUACUCCAAAAUUACAGAUCAAAGAGUGAAAUGUCUGAAAGGGUGCCUUUUCAAAUCACUCCAUGUUAUAAAUAUUGACAAUAAGGUCAAUGAAACUGCAGCCGAAAAGUAUUACGAAGGUGUUACCACUAAAAAAGAAACUAUCAACGAGGCAAUACAAAAGUGCAUACCAAAAGCAACUGGAAAUGAUCAUUGCGACAUCGCUCAAAACUUUGAAUCCUGUCUUUGCUCUGAAUAUAUUAAGUGUAGCUAAUGUUAGUGGCGUAACAUUACCAAAACAGUUUUAUUAAUUUUUGUAUUUUAUUUAUUAAUUUUUUUAUAGUAUAUGAUUUGAUAGUUCACUAAUUAUGUUUAAAAAAAAUAUAUUCAUAUAUUAUUUCAAUAAAAUUGACUUUCAACUA